CUCCUUCUCCUGGUUCCUAUUGGACUGCGUCGAUAAUUCUGAUCUCGUUAAGAAUAGCAUGCGUUCCCAAGGAUGUUCUUGUAGCCACCAAGAUACUGCCAGUGGAUGGAGCUGAUUCCUUGUAUUUAUAAUACAUGUAGCCUUAAUAUCAACUGAACAGCCAUUCCAGCGGCCAAGGUGCUGGCUCAAUUCCCUCACGGGUCUGCGACUAUUAAACGAUUGACCAGGCGUCAAUGUCACUUCUGCCAACUGUGCGUUUCAUUGCCCAGUAGAAUGUUUUGAGAAAUCUCAGCGCAAUGCGAGACGGCGAUCUCGGUAGAUGAGGGUCGGUCAUGAAUCAUGCGCUAUACAUAAGCAACCAGAAAGUUCGUCGUCUUCCAGAGCGCAAUCAUCCCUUCACAAUCCGUCAGAUCAGACGCAGUCCCUGGUCCAUUCAUCAUCACAUUCAACACAACGGUUGUAUGUGACGUCAUCCGACCUCCCGCGCAUAGUGUAUGUACCCGUGGGCUUGGCAGGGGCAACACCCCCUUCUCCCUCGAAUCAACUUUUUACUUCAAAAGACCGAUUCUUUCUUCCCCGGCCGCCCUGGGACGUACGGAUACGUUGAAAACAGUAGUCGAAAGCAAUUGACGACCAGCGGCUAGGAUGGCAUCCCGCUCGCGGGCGUACAACCCGCUCUUCCAGCCUCUCCUCUUCCUCUUCCAGCUCUUCCAAUGGCUCGCCGACAAGAUCCUCUCGCCGAGCCCUCCGGGGCCCAGCACGCGGCUCAGCCGCCCGCGGAUCGCCGUGAUCGGCGCGGGCAUCACCGGCGUGACCAGCGCCGCGCACUGCAUCGGGCACGGCUUCGACGUGGCCAUCUUCGAGGCCGGCGGCGAGGACCAGCUGGGCGGCAUCUGGAGCCGGGUCAACAACACGUCCUCGCUCCAGAUCCACUCCGUCAUGUACCGCUUCCACCCCUCCGUCCGGUGGGAGCGCGGCUACCCGGACCGCCAGCAGAUCCUCAGCCAGGUGCGCGAGCUGUGGCGGCGCUACGGGCUCGACCCCCGCACGCGCUUCCGCACCACGGUCGACCGCGUCUACCAGGACGACCGCGGCCGGUGGAUCGUCAACGACGACCCGUCGCUCGGCCGCUUCGACGGCGUCAUCUGCGCGGUCGGCACGUGCGGCGCGCCCCAUGUGCCGCGCUUGCCCGGCAUGGACGCCUUCCGCGGCGAGAUCCACCACUCGAGCCGGCUCAGCGGCGCCUGCUCGGCGCGGGACAAGACCGUCAUCGUGAUCGGCGGCGGCGCCAGCGCGGUGGAGGCGCUCGAGUUCGCGCACGCGGAGGGCGCGCGCAAGGUGUACGUCCUCGCGCGCAGCGACAAGUGGAUCAUCCCGCGCCACCCGGUGUGGAACGUGCUGCUGGCGCUCAACGUGUUCGGGCAGGAGACGGCGCUGAGCUGGAUCCCCGAGCUGCUGCUGCGCAAGAUGUUCUACCGCGACCUGGAGGACCUGGCGCCGGCGGGCAAGGGUCUCUUCACCGACACGCCCAUGGUCAACUCGGACAUCAUGGACAAGCUGCGGUCGGGGCGGGCCGAGUGGAUCCGCUGCGACAUCGAGCGGUUCACCGAGAAGGGCGUGCGCAUCAACCGCCGCGCGAAGGGGGUGCCGGCGGGCGGGCCGGGCCGGCCGGACCUGAUCGAGGGAGACAUCGUGGUCAUGAGCACCGGGUACGCGCGGCCGAGGCUCGACUUCCUGCCCGCGUCGUGCUUCGACAAGCCGUACGACCCGCCGAACUGGUACCUGCAGACCUUCCCGCCGAACCACCCGUCCGUAUCGUGCAUCAACUGCACGUACAAGAACGCGAUCGGGACGGUCGGCAACUGGCACAUCGGCAUCUACACGAGGAUCUUGCUGAUGUUCCUGGUCGACCCGCUGACGCGGCCCAGCCCGUUCUGGAUGAAGCGCUGGAUCGACAUGACCAGGCUGCUCAAGAGGGCGUCGCCCGUCGGGCCGUUUGAGUUCUUCACGUACCUCGAGCUGGUCUGGUGGUUCUGCUUCUGCGUCGCCUUCAACCCGUUCCGCUGGAAGUGGGCAUUUUUUGUCUUCUUCGGCCUCGGUUUUAUGCUGCCCGCUCACGUGGUCAAGGCUGAGGACAGGAUCCGUAACGGCCUGGGGUUGCGCGAGGGGCGGCAUGACCGCCGAGAUGUUGGCUCCAGCUUCUGAAAUGGGGGACAUGGUUGGGCAACCUUUUGACGACAAUGACAAGGCCGGAAGAAGGAAACCAGGGAUGCGAUGCGAGAUUCGCGCUGGAUGUGUGAGGGGCAACAGAAAAGAAGACAGACAUGGGAGUCGUGGUCUGAGGUUUUGAUCUGAAGGUCCCGCCGUGUAGAGGGUAAUGAAAACUUUUGGUAUUGGUUUGACAUUGCAGUGAUUCUUCACCGCCCCUUUCCUCUCGUGCCACGGCCUCUCUCCAGCACCUUGAGCCGCUUCUGGUACCGCUCGCCCACGGCCGCUCCACUCCCGCGAGGCCCAUCCACAGUGUCGAUGCCUCUCUUGCGGCUCUUCUCGAGCAGAGCCUUGGUGCCGCCACCCGAGCUCCUGCCCUUGGUCAGCCGGCUGAUCCUGUCCACGCCUUCGCUGAGCUCUCUCCAUUCUUCGCCGCCAAAGCUCAUCCGGUUGCUGCGGCCUUCCAUCCUUGCCCUCUUUGCCCUCUCUUUCUUGCUCUCCUUCGGCAGACGGACGAGAUUUCUCUCUUCGUACUCGCGCCGCUCCUCCUCUAUGCGCCGCUCAGAAGCCGUCUUGAUCUUGCGGCCGCCGUUCACGAUCGUCGAGCCAAUGCUGGGCUCAGCGAUCGGCGCCGUGGACAAC